AUGUUCGUCAAGCUUUGCCUUACAGCUAUUGUUGGAAUCGCGUUCGCCGCCGAUUUGCAGCAAGAGACAAAAAACGCCGUCAACGAAGUCACCACUACCAAAGACGGUGACCUUUUCUGUCCAGUACCGAUCGUUGGCACCAGAUGUCCUGAUUCAUCGGUGUUCCACUAUUACAAAUGCUGUGGAGAUUUGAACAAGGACUGUUGCUUUAACUUGCAGACAUGGGUGAUUGUUGUUUUGGCCGUGAUUGCGGAGGGCAAAAGCCAAUGGCAGGACCCUUCCUGUUCAACUUCCGCCUCGACACCAUUACGGUGCCUCUUGACCGAUCUCGAGUACGCGGACGACAAUGUUGCAUUAGCGGAAAGCAGUUCGAAACUUCAACUUGUUGCUAAUCAUGUAUCAAAGCUAGUUGCAGCCUAUGGAUUACGCCUACGCCCUGAUAAAUGCAAGCAGAUGUGGAUCUCUUCGAGACCACGAACGGGAAUCAGGGUGGACGGACAACCGAUCGAAUGA